CACCGCGCUGCUCUGCGCCUUGUAGCGGCGGCGGCUCUGGAGGUUCACACGCCGCGGAGUGAAGCGCUCAGCCAGGGCCUGGUGUCCCGUGUUUGCCUCGCCUCGCCUCGCCUCGUCUUCGCCGGUCGGCUCUGGAGGGUGCACACCGGGGUUUUUUUUUGUUUUUUGGGUGGAGCGCUUGUGGAUCUGAGGAAUGUGACACACCGACGGGAAGGAGACGCUCAUCGGCGGUUUCACGGUUCAAAUUCUUCCUUCCUUCCCUCUCCUUAUCCCUGACCCCUGACCUUUGGUGCCACACCUCUCUCCAACCAUGGCACACCGAUCUCAAAGUUCAUCAAUUGGUGAUAACCCCCUUGACCCGAACUACCUGCCCCCACAUUAUCGUGAGGAGUAUCGUAUAGCUAUUGAUGCUCUGAUAGAAAAUGACAUACAGGGCUACUUGGAAUUCCUCCAGACCGCAGAUGUGGUCAGUUUCCUGGCACAGUCAGAAAUUGAAUUCAUCAAGUCCACAAUCCAGACUCCCAACCAGACCUCCAGCGUCCCAGAGCUGACAUACCACGAGGGAGGUCAGGAGGUCGAUGGCUCCUCCGACACCUAUUGGCCUGUGCAGUCAGACCUGGCUGCCCCGGGGUUGGACCUGGGCUGGCCGCUACCACAGCACAGCUUCGUUGGGCCCACGGAGGUCACCACUCUGGUCAACCCCUCCGACCCAGAUAUGCCAAGCAUCAAGGAGCAAGCCAGGAGACUCAUCAAGAAUGCAUGCCAAGUUAUUGCUGUGGUGAUGGACAGGUUCACAGAUGUUGACAUUUUUGCUGACCUCUUGGAUGCAGCAGCACGCCACGUCCCUGUUUACAUUCUGCUGGAUGAAGUGGAAGUCCAUCACUUUGUCUCUAUGGUCAUCAACUGCAAAGUCAACUUGGACCUAAUUCCUAUGAUGCGUGUCAGGACUGUGGCAGGGAUAACCUAUUAUUCCCGGACAGGGAAAUCAUUUAAGGGGCAGGUGAAAGAUCGUUUCCUACUGGCUGACUGUAGGGCUGUACUCAGUGGCAACUACAGUUUCAUGUGGUCCUAUGAGAAGAUCCACCGCUGUAUCGCCCACCUCUUCCUUGGGGAGCUGGUUGCCACCUUUGAUGAAGAGUUUCGCAUUCUCUUUGCUCAGUCCGAACCUCUAGUCAUUGACCCAUCUGAUGGAGCACUUGCUGUCUCUGACACCAGCAGCACCAGCUGUUACUUUAGCAGCCAAUUCGGUUUGAAAAGGACCCAGUCUAUGCGUAACCCCAUAGGUUACCGUAGGCAGCCUGAGAUUCCCCCUGCCUUCCCCUACGGAGACUCUGAUCGUAACCUUGCACUUCCUUUCCGGAGGAAUGACCCAUUUCGUCACACCGUUGAACCUGGGGCAGGGAUUACAAUUGGGAAGUAUUCCCAGCAACAGUUUCGUCUUCAGCAGUCGUUCAUGGAGCAGGGAAGGUCAAUAGUUUCCAGGCAGAUGGAGAUGAGUGCCAAUGCCUUCAAGAGGCACAGCUAUGCAGAAGGGACCCAGGAAAACUACACAUCUUCGAGGCAGUACAUGAAGCACAGAGUCAUGAAUAAUCUGGAUGAGACAGACUUCCACAGGGAGCAGACCCAAAGUAGCCAUUACUACAGCGAAGGGCCUGGGCCAGGUUCUGGCCACGGACACUAUGACAGAAUUCGAGGUCGUCCUCCACACCUCUCCAUUGACCAGUAUUCAGACUCAAGCUAUCGCUCAGAUCAGGAUCUUCCAGCUGGAAACUAUGGCCGAGACUACUUUUCAUCUGAGGACUUGAGAGCACCUGAGGGACACCAGGGACCUCCAUUAGCUGGGAGGUAUGGAGGAGGUUCCUCCAAUAAGAGGCCAAGCAUAGGUCAGGCAUAUGCCUGUCAAAGCUCACCCACUCAGCCUCACCCACCAGAGAAGAGACACCUUCCCAAACAAUCUGAUCAAGAACAUGAUCAAGAUGCAGAUGCUAGGCAAGGCAUGCGUAGUUGGAGAAUCCACUCCUAUCUGAGUACUUACGAGGACAGUGGGGAAGAAGGUCUGCCCCAACCUAUGGGACCUGAUGCAUUUGAAGAUCCUCCACCAUCUCAGCAGCCAACUGCCCCUGAAAGUUCAGCUCCCCGCUUAGGAAUAAAGGAGCCUCCGAAUGUUCCCCCUAAACCCAGACCAGAUAUCCUGAGACCACGCUUUGGAAAGCCCGCCAUACCUGAAAGCAACAAUCGAGACUCUGCCCCAACAAAAGCCAAGGACCUGCUUCCGUCAGCUAGUGACUUCAAGCCAUUUGCAUGGGAGAAAACAGAGAGAGAGGCAGCGAAGGAAAGGGAGAGAGAGACAGAGAGGGGUGCUACAAGGGAGGUGGGUGGGGAUUUGGAGGUGAAAAAGGCUCCAGAUCUUUUCCUGUCCAAACACGAAUCAUUCCACUCACGCAUUAACCCACUCCUUCAACGUAGCUCUCGACUGCGUUCCUCGCUUAUUUUCUCAUCAUCCAAGGCAGAGGUGCACAGUAGCGGCCUGGGCCUAAAACCAGCCACAGAGGAAGAUGAGCAGUUAGACUCAGUACGCACUUCCUCCAUUGUGGCGCAGAUCCUGGAGAAGAGGAGGUCAUUGUCUCGUGAGCCUUUUGAGUGGAGAAGGAAGACUGAGGGAAAAGAUAAGGAGAAACAAAUGGAGCAAGAGAGAGAAGUAAAAGAGGAGAAAGAGCGACAAGAGGAAAAGGAGAUUCGAUUGGAAGAUGAGAUUAAAGCAAAAGAGGAGCCUCAGAAAACUAUUGAAGAGGUAAAGACAAAAUCAAGUGUUGAGAAGUCUGAAGACACAACAUCAUCAUCUCUGAACAUGAAUGACCCUGCCAGUCGAUUGCAGUAUUUCAAGGAUCUGGCUGCCAAGAGAAAAGCCUCAAGAAUGGCGACAGAGUCAUCACUAAAAGCCCCAGAGCCUGCUGAAAAAAAGCCAGACCUUUCUGAUAAACCUCCCCUUGACCCUGUGACAACUCCAAAGAUCCCAACUGUCUCUGUUACUCCAGCAGAAAGUGAACCAAAGAAGCCAGACAUCUCUGCAAAACUGGCAGAGCUCGCUCGCAGACCUUCAGUUAGUUCCUCAAAACCACCUAUAAGCGCCACCAAGCCUUCUGCGAGCUACGUGAAGCCUUCAGAGACAUCGCAACCUCAUAAAGAGGAGAACGCGUCAGAGGGUCAAAAGAAAGAUAUAUUUAAGUCUCUAAAGCCCCUUCCUUCGCCUAAGAUCUUCAGAAAGGAGCCAUUGAAGCUCAAAGGCUUGAAUCCUCGCCGCAUCUCCUGCGGUGAGGACGUUCUGACCACCGACGCUACAGACGCAGAGAAGAGUGAAAUGAAAAAGAGCCGUUCACAUAGUGCUUCAACUAUGCCACGUGAUGACUUUAAAGAAGGACUGCAAAAGGUUAUGGGAUCUAAUACGUCCAUCAACACACUUGGUGAGGGAAAGAGUGAGGGUAAGACUCUCGACUUCUUAAAGAAGCAGACUCAGAGGCUAAAGGGAUUCCUCGGGCCCAAGGACAAAGAGAAGAAAUCUUCAGGAGACGAUAAGGGCAUGAGCACGGUCAUAGAGGUCACUGGAGAUUCAAGCAAAAAGCAAAGUUCAUCAGCUAAAGAUACAGGAUCUACCACUACUGAUCAAACUACAGCCAAUCACAAGACAUCAACCAGCACAUCCGGCCCAUCUCGAUACCAGGCCCCGGGCAGCUCUGUCCUGUUCAGUAGCAACCUACGAGAUGACACCAAAGUCAUUCUGGAGCAGAUCUCGGCCAACAGCCAGAAGAACCGGCAGGAACGAGAAGAAACGGGAGGGGACAGAGAUAGUGAUGCCGGGGAGAAGGGGCUGGAGAGGCAGAACUCCAUAAAAAUAAAUCGAUUUCUGCGACCGCAGGGCAACAUCCAGGAGCGGGAGGGAUUGCUGAAGAGGAUAGAGAGUAUGAGGAAGGAGAAGAAGGUCUACAGCCGCUUUGAGAUGGGGAACAACCUGGGAUAACGGAAAAUCGAGGAGCGACCUUUUAUAUGGAAACUCUUUAUGCAAGACGAUCAAAAAGACCCAUUGCCCGUAUGUGCCAACAACACUAUCAAAGUACCUCUGCUGCUCCACAUGGCAGCCUUUCCUGGAUUUUCACACGAAGUAGUAAAACUUGAAAAAGACAAUAUAUAAAAUGCUGAAAACAAACUACAGUCAUUGGGUUUGGAAUGUACCCGUUUGCCAAGACUUGGUACUACUUUUACCUUAUAUGGUGACUGAGAGAAAGAAGAGCGACUCUGCUUGCGUACUGGUUUCAGGGACUAAUGUUUCACCAAACAGAAAAAGGUAGGGCAACUUACCUAUAAAUGAGCUUGUAUGAACGUGACUGAGGGAGAUCGAGAGGAUAAGAGAAAGACAGUACAUUUUGCACCUGAGGGAGAUGGGUGGUCUGUUUAGCUGGGAUUAGUUUUAAACUGAAUGGGAGGAAGUGUCCUUGUGGAUUCUUGGGUGCCAAUGGCCCACCAAGGGCAUAACCAAACACUAGGACUAUUAUUAACCCACAUCCAAACAAAUGAGAACAUGAAGAUGAGGAAUAGAAUGAGAUGAAGAACUGAUGAAGGGUGAAAUUUGGGGGGUUACAGGAAGAGUGAGACAAAAUCUGAAUAAAGAAAGUGAGAAAAUGUGUUUUUCUAGUGUUGAGGAAGCAGCAGUAGAGUUGUGAUAGAAAGUAGAGCCUGUAGUGAACUUUAGCCUCUCAAGAGAGCGUUAUGUACCUUUCUAUUAAGGUGUGGACCCACUUCACUGCUGGAGAGUUUUUAAAAGAAAUGUGUACUAGUUUUUCUUAUGUAAUGUAAAUAAAAAUGUACAGUAUUUGCAGUUGCCCUGAAUCUGUAAAAUAAUAAAUAAAUUAGUCAUCAGCUCUAAGGGAAAGAAAGAGAUAAAGGAUGGAUAUGUUGUUGCAGUAUUGGAGCAGGGCCAUGCCUCCUUUCAUAAGUCACUUAACUUCUGAGACCUACGCCCUACGUAGAACUCCUUUGUUGGUCUGUUAGCACUAUUUAACCAAAGAUGUGGGUGUAUGGUACAGUUCACAGGCUACUUGACAGCUCGGCAGGGCAUCAAACCGUUUAGUGUGUUUUUUGUGCGGCACAUCAAGAGAUUGAUCAAAAGAGGAUAUAUUACUAUAUUGACACUUCAGGGGUUACACGGUUUUCUUUAUGGGAUAUUUUGUACAUAUUUAUAUAAAAGGUCCUGGGUGAUGUUUUAAGUAACAAAUUAGAUUGUGAUCACCCUCACUGUACUAUCAAAGUGCCUUGUGUUUAUUUUUAAUUAAUAUGUAAGUAUGUGGUCUCGGCUGUAAAAACUAAUUGGCAUUAAUUAGGGGGAAUUAGUUGCACAGGGUCAAUGUGUUCUUUAAAAAAAAAAAAAAAAACUGAGACAGUAUUACAUUGUAUUUGAAAUACUGCAAAAGUCUUUUAUUAAAUCUCUUUGAAGCUGAA